AUGACCACCAUCGCGCACUAUGCUGCGAUCGCUCGCCAUACUUCACGAUUCAAGGAGCUUUUCCACACCUUCGUACAAGGUCGACACGAUCUGUUCGGCCGUUCCGAAGCGCUUGACGGAAUGUCAAGUCUGCAUAUCGCGCGUUGCACGAACACCGAGUAUUGGCGUGCUGAGUUGGGGUGGCAGUGGCAGUGGAAGUGGAAGUGGCAGAUGUGCUUCCGCCGCGGACUACACCAAAAGAUGGGAGAUACACGCUAUCGAUAG